AUGUCUGGGCAAGUCAAAAGAAAAGCCAAUCGUAAUGGUAGUGGGAAUUUUCACGAAAGACAUGUCAAACGAGGGAGGUCAGAAUUGAGAACCAUCACACGAACUUCAAGAAGAUCAAAGGGUGAAACAUUCAGUAAAGAUCAAUCGGGAAAUAAUGAAAAAGAGGAAGAUGAAAAAUUCUCAGAAACAAGUGAAGAAGAGGAAGAAGAUGAGUAUGAGGCUAAAGGUAAAGCUUAUUCAGCAUUGUUGACAUUAUUGAAGUCGGAUCAAAGAUCAAAUUCCGAACCCAAGGAUAACAAAACAGAAAGUACUUCAGACGAAGUUUUGGAGGAGGAGGAGGAGCUUGCAGGGGAGAAUUUGGAAGAAAAUAAUGAGCAGGACUUACACGAAGAUGAGGUUGAUUCAGAGGAUGAUGAAGAUUCCCCAAAUGGACUAGCAAACGAUCCAUUUGAAGUUCAUUUCAAUCAACCAACGGAACAAUACUUAGAAAAAGAAGAACAACAGGUUAUUAAAGACCAUGAGAAAUGGAAGAUAGGGAAAAGGAAUGUAUUGGAAUCUUUGUCAAUGAGCUCUUUCAUUUCUUUACCUCCUGGAACCGCUAUCAAUUCGCCAAUUCAAAAAGUUGCAUCAACUGUAUCAGACUAUUCAACGUUGAAAAAAAGAAUCGUACAUGCAUUUGAAAAAUAUCAUGGUGAAAACUUGUCAGAAUUAGAUUCAACUUUGUUAAGACCUAUUCUAAAUUAUCAAGAUGUUAAUUAUCAAUAUAAAUCAUUUUCGAAUAAAUCUUAUAGAAAACUUUAUAUACUUCAUGCACUUAAUCAUAUAUAUAAAACGAGAGAUAGAAUAAUCAAAAAUACAACUAAAUUAAAUCAAACUGACGACACGAAUCAAGAUUUGGAGUUAAGAGACCAAGGCUUUACUCGACCUAAAGUUUUGAUACUAUUACCCACAAGAGAAUCAUGUAAUGAAGUUGUUGAAGAAUUGAUAAAAUUGUCAGGAACUGAUCAACAAGAGAAUAAAAAAAAAUUUACAACUCAAUUUCAUGCUAAAGACAUUGCAAGAAUUAACAAACCUGGAGAUUUUCAGGAUGCAUUUAAAGGAAAUAAUAAUGAUUUCUUUUGUAUUGGGUUAAAACUAACUAGAAAAUCUUUAAAAUUAUAUUCAUCUUUUUAUUCAUCAGAUAUAAUACUUGCAUCACCAAUUGGGCUAUCAAUGAUAUUAGAAAACGCUGAUAAAAAGAAAAGACAAUACGAUUUUAUUUCAUCAAUUGAAGUGUUGAUAAUGGACAAAGCAAAUCAAAUCGAAAUGCAAAAUUGGGAUCAUGUGAAUACAGUUUUAAAAUACCUUAACAAAAUCCCCAAAGAAUUUCAUGACGCUGAUUUUAGUAGAAUAAGAAUGUGGAGCAUAAAUGAUCAGGCUCAAUUAUUGAGACAAACUUUAGUAUUUUGUGAAUAUUUAACACCAUCGAUAAAUAAUUUAAUAUCAUCCAAAUCAUUCAAUCUACUGGGUAAAGUUAAAUUUAAACCAAUUAUAAAUUCAGAAACAAGCCUUAUGAACUCAAUUGGACUUAAGAUUAAACAAAUAUUUCAAAGAUUUCCUAGUGAAUCGCCGUCAAAUGAUCCAGAUUCAAGAUUUAAAUUUUUCACAAAUUCAAUUUUACCAAAUUUACUUAAAACCGUUUCAUAUGAAGAUGGUAUUAUGAUAUACAUUCCAUCAUACUUUGAUUAUUUGCGUAUUAAAAAUUAUUUUGAAAGUUCAACAAAAUUUAAUUUUGGAGCUAUUGAUGAAUACAGUUCACAAUCAAAAUUAACAAGAACAAGACAUGAAUUUCAACAAGGUAAAAUUAAAAUCUUAUUGUACACGGAAAGAUUACAUUAUUUCAGAAGAUAUGAGAUAAAUGGUGUUAAAUCAUUAAUAAUUUAUUCUCCACCAAGCAAUCCUAUAUUUUAUAAAGAAAUCAUCAGAUUCAUUGGGAAACUGAUUUUUAAAGAUGAAUGUGAUUUGAAUUUAGCCAUGGUCAAAACGAUUUUUUCUAAAUGGGAUGCAACAAGUUUAGAAAGAAUUGUUGGAAAUGAACGUGCUCCAAUUUUAUGUAAUUCAAGAAAUGAUUCUUAUGAGUUCAAAUAG